UGACAAUAUAUUUAUAUCUACUCAAUGACAGAUCCUUAUUAUAGACCCAGAUUAAUCAAUUAUCAAGAAACUACACCCAAAAAAAUGUUUGCUAAUCAAAAUCAAUCAUUUACUUAACCAUAUUUAAAUAAAAGUCCAAAUUAUCACACUCCAGAUAGAGCUAUGAAGUAGCCUUUUCGAAUUUAAAAUUAAAGUGUAAUAUUUAAUUCUCUAAAUUUAGUACAAUGACAUGUCUGAGGUUAUGAACAGAUAAUAAUUGUCUCAUUAUCCCCCCACAUAUCAAUCUAGUUAAAUUUCAAUUCAAUAAGAAUUGAAUAAUACGAACACGAGUAAAUAUAUGGAUUAAUUCAUUAAACGAUCAGAUAAUUCUAUUACUCAGGAAUCUAGUUGGUUUUAAUAGAAAACGAGUAAUAUUAGUCCAAAUAUUUAAUAACAUAGAAUAGAAUUAGAAAAAAAUAAAAGAGAUUCUUCAUAACCAUUUUAUGAUAAUAACCAUUAGGUUACUGAUAGAAAUUUAAGACCAAUUAAAGUUUUUAUUUAUUUUUAUUAAGUUCGAAGAAAAGAUUCCAAGUGAAAAAAGGGAUAUUGAAAAAAUAAAGUAAAUUUUAGUUGAUCAACAAUUAAAGCUAAAUCUAUAAUUAGAUGAUUAUAAAGUAAAACUAUAAAAGCAAGAAACUAGAAUAAUGGAACUUGAAAAAUAAAAUAAAGUAUUAAAAACAUAAAUAAAUGAAAAAAACUUAGAGGUCAAAACCAUUUAAUAAUCUCAUAUCUCUUAAUAAAAAUUAUAAGAGAUUCAAGAUUAACAAAUGAGAAAGUUUUAAAAGAUAUAUGAGCAAUUAACUUAAUAAAACGAUGAUUUAAGGGAGGAAAAUAAUCAAUUGAAAUUACUUAUGUUAUAGUAUUAAAUUAUUAAAUAAAUUAGAGUUGACAAUUAUUCCUCAGUAUCUAGAUCAAUUAUUAGUAAAAAGAAUUCAGAAUAAGAAUUUUAACUUAUCAGUCAGCAAGAUAAUAUCAAAGAAUUAAUAGAUCAAUUUCUAUAAGGAACAUCUGAAUAAUUGUUAUCUUUAACAUAGGAUACUUUAAUUUAAAAUGCCUUUAUUUAUUUUAGAGAUAUAAUUAAUUCAUUGUAAUACAAUCAACAUUAGAAACUCGAUUUUUAAAUGCUCAAAGAAACUGAUUUUAUGAAAAUUAAAAAAUAAAGCGAAGAUAUCAUUUCAGUUCCAGAAUUACAUAAAAAAGCUGAUCAUCUUAUUAGGGAAAUUAAAGGAAAGAUGGAAGAAAUGGCAUCAUUAAAAGUAUUAAUUAAUUAAUUAUAAUUACAGGAAGGUGAUUAGAAAAAGAAUAUUCUCAAAGAAGAAAUUGAUAGAUUAUAAAAAGAAUAUGAGGGAAUUUAGAUACUUGUAACUGAAUAAUCAGAUUAUUUGGACAAAAAUACUAAUAAUUUGCAUAGAAAUAGUAUAAUCUCAUUUGAUCAAAAUUUUGAUGGUGAGGAAUAACAUUGA